CAUCAAUUAACGGAAUCAUCUGUUCAUACUUCAUAUCCCGGUGACGGAAAGCUUAUCGGAAAGGGAAAAAUCAAAGCAUUUAUUACAACCAAAUUCCCAAUCCAUAAGCGUUUAACCUUUGAUCGAAUUACCUUAUUUGAACCCUAGUUUUCAACUCCUUUUUACCCCUUGAAUCGCCCAACACAUCUUCGAAAUUUGGAGGUUAGUUAAAUUUUACAUAAUUCUUCUCUCGUCGGUUGAUUUUUUUCUGGACUGGGGUUUGUUUAGCUGCUCGUGAAUUGAAUUCGUAAGCUUGUAUUAUUGGUGUAAAGUCAAUUUUACGUGAAUUGUACAAAUAGAGAUGAAAUUACAUGUAAUUUGAGGGGGGAAAUGAGGCAGUUGAAUUUUUUUUGCGGUAAAAGAAGUCCUCGAUUCAGAGGACUUUUUCAUGGGUUGUGUUGCCUAGUUUUGAUUGUAUUGUUCUUCAAUCAUGGGGAAUUUGUGAUGAGUCCAAGUUUAGGGCAAUCAUCUUCCGUAUUAAGCCCUAAUUUGAGCUCAAAAGGGGGAUUCUCCGCGGUUCGGAGGGGAAUGAUUGAAUUAACUGCAGAUUCUCCCGUUAACGGAAAUGGCACCGAUCGUAAUUUCGUGGAUGCUAAAGAUCCCGAAUUUUGUUCGGGGUUGCUUGAUCACACGGGGUACAAUAGUAGCUGUGAGUUCUUGAAAGCAAACCCUAGCUGCAAAUUGGGUGGGUUUUUAGAUUACCUAAAGUUCUACUACUGUGGUUGCAAUGAGAGUGCUUGGACUUUUUUGGUGUUGGCUGUUUGGCUCGCUGCAUUGUUCUACCUUUUGGGAAACACCGCAGCCGAUUAUUUCUGUUGUUCGUUAGAGAAACUUUCGAAGCUCUUGAAGCUAUCUCCCACAGUUGCAGGGGUAGCUCUGCUUCCACUCGGAAAUGGUGCGCCUGAUGUGUUUGCUAGUAUUGCAUCUUUUGUAGGAACUGGAACUGGAGAGGUUGGACUUAAUAGUGUCCUUGGAGGAGCAGUUUUUGUUACCUGCAUUGUUGUUGGAGUUGUUUCCCUCUGCGUAGCUGAUCAAGAUGUUCGGAUCGAUAAAAAGUGCUUUAUACGGGAUAUUACGUUUUUCAUCGUCACACUUACGGCCCUUUUGUUGAUCUUGUUCGUGGGGAAAGUGAGCGUUGGAGCAGCCGUUGCCUUUGUAUCGAUAUAUUUCGUUUACGCCUUUGUUGUGGCUGCGAACGAGGUUUUGAGGGAGCAAGCGCAUAAGCUGAAACUGGAUGUGGUCACCCCUUUGCUUCCGGUUCGAGGAAGUGUGUUUUCAGCGAGCCACGAGGAUGAAUCCAUGUACAGCUCAUUGCUCGAACUCGAAACAGAUAGUGAUGGGGUACAGUCUCAUGCCUCCUUGCCUCAGUGGAUGUGGGCAUCGAAUGUGGCUAUAUAUUCGAACCAAGUGCUAAAGAUACCCGAUGGUGACAAGAGUUUAUGGGGAUGGACCGACGAAGACAUAGUUACAGAGGAACCAUCUUUAUCCUGUUCAAGACUAUGUGCACUCAUGGAGUUGCCUUUAACAGUUCCAAGACGAUUAACUAUUCCUCUAGUGGAGGAGGAAAACUGGUCGAAGGUAUACGCGGUGGGUUGUGCUUUGUUCGCACCGAUUCUUCUCGCAUGCCUAUGGAGUGCUCAAGAAAGCACGACUUCCAAAAGUAGAAUAACUGCAUAUGUCGUGGGGGUUUUAAUUGGCUGCACUCUUUGCGUUUUGGCGUAUAAGCACACGAGGCCAGAAAACCCGCCUCACAAAUUCUUACUCCCGUGGGUAUUAGGAGGCUUUUUCAUGAGCAUCGUUUGGUUUUACAUGAUAGCGAACGAGCUCGUGGCUCUGCUAGUCGGGAUAGGUGUGAUACUAGGUGUCAAUCCUUCGAUACUAGGACUGACUGUACUGGCUUGGGGAAACUCGAUGGGUGAUCUGGUCUCGAACGUUGCGCUCUCGAUGAACGGUGGAGAUGGAGUGCAGAUUGCCAUGUCUGGAUGCUACGCGGGACCCAUGUUCAAUACGCUUAUUGGAUUGGGCGUCUCGAUGCUUUUGGGUGCUUGGUCAGAGAAACCCGGUACGUUUACAGUUCCACGUGACACGAGCUUGUACUAUACUCUGGGGUUUCUCUUGUCCGGACUUAUUUGGGCUCUCGUUAUUUUACCAAGAAACGACAUGCGUCCUAAUAAGAUGCUCGGAGCUGGACUUAUUGCUAUAUAUUUGGUGUUUCUUUCUUCUCGCGUGGGAUCUGCUAUGGGUCUGACUGGACUUAGUUGAUGGCAAUUUACGGCAGUCGUUUCGGUGCGAAUGGUAUGUACUAUGUAUUAGCUCAUAUAAUCCAAUGUUCGUUCUAUGUUUUAUUGUGGUUAUGACAUGUAAAUGAAACUAUACGUAAAACGGGAGUAUCGCCUAGCUAACUAAACGCAGUUUCGGAAGCCUAUUUAAGUUCUGUCUUGUUUUAAUACUGUGCGGUAGUGUGCUCGUGUGAUUACGAAUUACUUUGAUUUUUGCACGGUUUUUUUUUUUGGGG